AUGUUACCGUUUCCGGUGGGCCGCCUUGUGAGGCGUCCUCAUAUGCAACCUAUAGGGGCUGUUACCAAGAAGGAGCCGAAGACAGAUCUUCGUAUGCAACCUAUAGGGGCUGUUACCAAGAAGGAGCCGAAGACAGAAACAGCGUUGAGAACAGUGUCUGCCGGUGUCAAGCGCAAGCAGUCCGAUGUCAUCCCUAUAGGGGCUGUUCCCUCUGCCGGUAUCCAGUGCAAGCGGUCCGAUGUCAUCCCUAUAGGGGCUGUCCCCUCUGCCGGUGUCCAGUGCAAGCGGUCCAAUGGAAUCCCUAUACAGGCUGUCCCCUCUGCCGGCGUCGAGUGCAAGCGGUCCGAUGUCAUCCCUAUAGGGGCUGUCCGGAAGUAUCAGCCAUCUCAUACCACGCCGAUAGGUGCAGCCACCAACCGACAGCAUGUGGACAUGAAGUCUGCAAAUGCCGAAGAGAUCCCUCAUGGACGGCUUCGACGACUGCUGGGCCUCCUCCGGAAGUACUCCGACCAGCAGGGCCUUCGUUUCCUCCCUCUUGGCGCGUGCUCCAUCAGCGAGAAGUUCGCAUACACGUAUGGGGCGGACAAGCAGAUGAUAGGGAUCUAG